GAGCUGGCACUCCAAAACAGCUGUCGCAUCGCGCAUGGAUGACGUGCCGCGCUGGAGAUUCAUCGAUUGAUUUCGCUUCCGUUUAUUUCGUCGCCAAAGUCAGUCGCGACUGAUGCGACGGAGCCGUGUGUAGUUAUUUAGUUUAGUAGUGUGUGGUGACAAACGUGCAAUAUGGGGUCGUUGUUCAGGAGUGAGGAGAUGACAUUAUGUCAGCUCUUCCUGCAGAGUGAAGCUGCGUAUGCCUGCGUGUCGGAGCUAGGAGAGCUGGGGCUUGUGCAAUUUCGCGAUUUAAAUCCAGACGUCAAUGCCUUCCAACGCAAGUUCGUCAACGAGGUCCGUCGCUGCGACGAGAUGGAGCGCAAACUCCGCUACCUCGAGAAGGAGAUCCGACGAGACGGGAUCCCCAUGCUGGAGAUCCCAGGGGAGUGCCCUGAGGCACCUCAACCGAGGGAGAUGAUCGAUCUUGAGGCCACCUUUGAAAAGCUGGAGAACGAGCUGCGCGAGGUCAACCAAAACGCCGAGGCUCUCAAGAGGAAUUACCUCGAGCUCACAGAGCUGAAACACAUCCUCAGGAAGACUCAGGUGUUCUUCGACGAGCACGAGGGCGGGGCCGGUACCACUGAGUCCAUGACGCGGGCGCUGAUAUCCGACGACCAGAACAGAAAUGUCGGUCACGUCCAACUGGGUAUGCGGGAUAAGCAGGAGUCAUUGGAAUUCUUACCGUGCUUCGUCGCUGGCGUGAUCCUUCGUGAACGUAUACCAGCUUUCGAGCGUAUGCUGUGGCGCGCGUGCCGCGGCAAUGUCUUCCUACGUCAAGCUGAGAUCGACUCUCCCCUCGAGGACCCGUCUUCCUCCGACCAGGUGUACAAGUCUGUCUUCAUCAUCUUCUUCCAAGGCGACCAGCUGAAGACGCGCGUCAAGAAGAUCUGCGAGGGCUUCCGCGCCACGCUCUACCCGUGCCCCGAAGCACCCGCGGACCGACGUGAGAUGGCCAUGGGCGUUAUGACACGGAUCGAGGAUCUUAACACGGUCCUAGGCCAGACCCAAGACCACCGCCACCGCGUGCUGGUCGCCGCCGCCAAGAACAUCAAGAACUGGUUCGUCAAAGUCCGCAAGAUCAAGGCCAUCUACCACACCCUGAACCUGUUCAACCUGGAUGUGACGCAGAAGUGUCUGAUCGCCGAGUGCUGGGUGCCGGCACUUGACUUGGAGACCAUCCAGCUGGCUUUGAGGAGGGGAACGGAACGCUCCGGAAGCUCCGUACCACCGAUCCUGAACCGGAUGGAGACGCUCGAGGACCCGCCGACGUACAACCGCACCAACAAGUUCACGUCCGCCUUCCAGAACCUCAUCUACGCGUACGGUGUCGCCACCUACCGCGAGGUCAACCCCGCUCCGUACACCAUCAUCACGUUCCCGUUCCUGUUCGCCGUGAUGUUCGGCGACCUGGGCCACGGCGCUCUGAUGGCCGCCUUCGGGUUCUGGAUGUGCUACAAGGAGAAACCUCUGCAGGCGAAGAAGAUUGACAGCGAGAUCUGGACGAUAUUCUUCGGCGGCCGCUACAUCAUCCUCCUCAUGGGUCUCUUCUCCAUGUACACCGGCCUCAUCUACAACGACAUAUUCUCCAAAAGUCUCAACGUCUUCGGCUCGUCGUGGCGCAACAACUACAACAAAUCAACUCUACAGGGGAACGCCAUGUUGCAACUCAAUCCGGACUCGUGGGACUACGUUCAGAGCCCGUACCCGUUCGGAAUUGAUCCCGUGUGGCAGCUCGCCGAAGCCAACAAGAUCAUCUUCAUGAACGCCUACAAGAUGAAGAUUUCCAUCAUUAUCGGCGUCUUCCACAUGUUGUUCGGUGUCUGCAUGUCGCUCUGGAACCAUCUGUACUUCAAGCGCCGCACCAGUGUGUACGUGGAGUUCGUGCCCCAGAUCGUGUUCCUGGUGCUGCUGUUCUUCUACAUGGUGCUGCUCAUGUUCAUCAAGUGGACCAGCUACGGAUCCACCCCCCCGCACUUCGGGGACCCAAAAUACGUGACAACCAGCGCAUUCUGUGCACCCUCCAUCCUGAUCACGUUCAUCAACAUGAUGCUGUUCAAAGUAGACGCCAACGAUCCUUCGCGGGAGAUGUGCGCCCAGAAUAUGACCAUGUACGCCGGACAACUUGGCUUGCAGAAGUUCUUCGUGGUGGUGGCCCUGCUGUGCGUGCCCGUCAUGCUGCUCGGCAAACCAUACUUCAUCAUGCAGGAGCAGAAGAAACGCGCUCGCGCCGGGCACGUGAGCAUCGAGGCCGGCGCCGAGAACGGCAGCGCGGGCGGCGCGCCGCUCCCCGCCGCGCAGCACCACGACGAGGACAUCACCGAGGUCUUCAUACACCAGGCCAUCCACACGAUCGAGUACGUGCUGGGCAGCAUCUCGCACACGGCCUCGUACCUCCGUCUCUGGGCUCUCUCCCUCGCACACGCGCAGCUGGCUGAAGUGGCCUGGAACAUGCUGCUUCGGAAAGGUCUGCAGUCUAGCGGGUUCUCGGGCGGCAUUUUCCUGUACAUGGUGUUCGCGGGCUGGGCGGCCAUCUCCGUGUCCAUCCUGGUGCUCAUGGAGGGGCUGUCCGCCUUCCUGCACACGCUGCGUCUGCACUGGGUGGAGUUCCAAAGCAAGUUCUACGCCGGCGAGGGCUACUUGUUCCAGCCGUUCUCGUUCGAGGUGAUCCUCGACUCCGCCGGCCAGGGCGAGGAGUAAACACAACACAACCGUCAGGCGAGCAACUGAGAUUACUAUAUGGCUAAUUGUCGCACUAUGUUUCUCUUUAAAAAUAUCUUAGUAUAAUAAAGGCCUAUUUACAUGGUGCGAGAACUCGCAUGCGAGUUUCAUUACAUUACGGUAUUUGAUUGGUCGGCUGAAUUGGAUGUAACCAAUAGUCCUCAAUGUAACUAAAAUCGCAUACGAGUUCGCGCGCCGUCUAAAUCAGCCCUAAUACUCUCCAAUGUUUGAACCGCCCGUCAUUGUGGUCUCUUAACCCUUUAUCAGGCAUAAGAGGGUCAGGAAUUAUGAAAAAUUUAACCCUAUCACUUUGGAAUAAAGUUCAAAAUCAGGUGGGAACUACCUACCUUUGCCUUAUAAGGCUUAAAUUUUGAAAUAAGUAUUAUGAAUGUUGUUUGUAGCAAUGAUAAUUUGUAUGACUGCUGCAGUACUUAGUAGUCCAUUUUUAAAUCAAAUAUCUAUAUGAUAAAAUAUACGUAGAUAAAAGGACUCAUUAGACGGAGUGGAUAAAGAAUUGCCCAAUAUCGCUUAUCCAUUUUUUAUUGUAUUGUAUUAAAAAAGACAAAUUAAAAUCGAAUUUUAAACUUUCAUGGAAUUAAACAAAGAUCUAAUUUGUUCCAAAUUCCUAACUGCAUAAAAUUAACCUUUCAUGACUGUGUCUUGGUCCGUACUAACAAUUUGGACUGUAAUAUACAAUUUAAAGUUUAUUAAUUCAGUAGCAAAUUUUUGACAACGGCAUACGGAGGGUUAAGAGGUUAAAUAUAGCCUUAAGGUAUCCAGUAUAUAGUACUUACUUUUUUAUACUAUUGGCAUAUGAUUAUUUUGGAUUACGGAUCCUGCUAAAAGAUUAAUUAAUUUUACAGUUUCUUUAACAUUUCUUAUUAUACCGUAAAAUCUAUUAAACUUAUUGUCUAAAUCUGUCUACUAGAUAUCAUAAAUGUCGUUACAUUUUAAAAAUCUUGAAGCAUAGUUAAAAGUAAAUUGUUCAUUAGAUCUCUUGAAAUGUUGCUUAGCCUAGUUGAUGUGAUUGUAGGACUUAGGUCGAUAGUGAAUACACGGACUUAAAGCCACUUAAUAUUGAACCUAGUGUAAUGUAUUUAUUGGUGUUAUUUUCGCUUCUCUUGUAACGCGUAAGAUAAGUAUAAUCGUUGAAAUCAUAAAUGCUGUAACUAAAUUUUUUAUUUUUUUAUACCAGUCCGUUCUCAAGGGUACAAAACGUAGUCAAGGAAUUUUAAAAAGCUUAAAGUUGUGCGAUAUGUUGUGGCUGCAAAUUUGACGGCUUUCGUGGUCGUGAAAAGUUUCCGAAAUUGCGAAAUUUUCGUGGAACAAAAUCAAUAACUUUUGUUGAGCAAUCGAAAAUUUCCAUUAUAAAAAUGAAAGUUGCCUGUGAAAUUUUCCUGAAAUUUCCGGGAACUUUUUUAAACUUUCCGCAACAAGCACACCUGUAGUGAAACUUACUUCAGCUGUUAAAAAGGCUACAAUAUUUGACAUUACUUCAAGCAUCUUAGUACAUUCCUUUGCCUAUGUUCCAAAUAACAUUUUUGUAUUGUGUACAUGUUUUUUUAAUUUGCAAUUUAGGAAAUAAAUGUGUGAAUUAAUAAUUUUGUAUUCUUGAUCCCUUGUACUUAAUCUGAUGUAUUGGUGUGCUCUCUCUAAGGUAGUUCGAGUCAUUCCAGUAGGGCAAUAGUUCACAUGUUGAUGAUCACAGUUAAUAAAUGUUUUAUGUAGUAUGCAAGAA